UGAAAGCUGUGACAGAAGUCCUCUGACAGUUAAAGAAAAAUACAGCAUCGUGCAGGUAAAUAUUGUAUGAGAAGUUAUUUUCCGUGCGUAAAAAGAGCUUGGAACAACCAGAACAACAGCAGCAACCUUCGGUGGAAGACGAAACAGAUACGUAUUAUAAGACACAAGUGGACUAUUUGUGACAGUGAUCGGCACAAUGGAAAUCUGUAAAGAAACGCCAGGCCUUGUUUAUUUCCCCUACCUGACCUUUUUCUGAUCUGAAUAUUGUUUUGGAUGCUACUGAGAAAGGAUGAAGUCCUUUUUAUUGCGCUUGGUCCUUUUAUGGGUGAUCGUACGGCGGAGCAGCACGCAAAUGCCUGUACCUGCAACAGUGUUAAACUGCUGUGAAGGGGAUCUUCUCCUGCUCCUGGACUCUUCAGGAAGUGUAUUAAACUAUGAGUUCUCGCGCUUGUUGCUGUUUGCUGCUGAGCUGCUUCGCCCCUUCUCAUUGGGCCGUGGGCAUGUUCGAGUCGGUUUGCUGCAGGUGGGCACAAAACCAAACCUGGAGUUUGGUCUGGAUGUCCACAACAAUCAGGAGAGCCUGCAGAGAGCUCUACAGAGAGUCCGCCAGCUGCAGGGAGAUACCAACACAGAUCUGGCUCUCAGGGUGGCCCAGCGGCUUCUAAUGGAUACAGAGGAUACUAUACCAAAGAUCCUGCUGUGGCUGACCGACGGUGUGCAGCCUGGAGAUGUGGACGAGCUGAUGUCAGCGCUGAAGCAGCAGGGAGUUUAUGUGUUAGCUGUUUCUACAGUACAUGGCAACUUUCAGGUAUUACAGCGUGCAGUCACACCACCUCUGGAGUCUCAUCUCUACUCUGUGGACCUAGAUAAUAUUGAAAUCAUCACAGAAGACCUAAGGGAGGCAAUCAUCGAAAUUAUUCGUGCUGAGCGACUGCGUGUGGUUCACUUAACUUCCCAUAGUGCUGUGCUGCAAUGGCGUCCUGUUCUGAGCACAGACAGCGGUUACUAUGAACUGCAUUAUAGCUCUGCAUUGAAAACAGACAGUGGAAUGAGAAAAAUUCUCCCUGGCAACUCCAGUUGGGUAGAGCUCAUCAACCUGGAGCCUGACACCUCAUACAUGGCCUCUCUCCACCCAGAGUCCAAUCAGAGGCUGUUCAACACACUGUCAGUCAGCUUCAUCACACUUCCUGAUGUUUUAAGCCCAGCAGAGGUCUCCCUGUCAGACUCUGGUCCGCGUCAGAUCCGUGUGAGCUGGGGUCCCCUGCAGCCAGCUCAAGUCCGGAGAUAUACUGUUGAAUAUGGAGCUAUUCCAAGUGGACCUGUCAACACUAGGAUGUUCCACAGCCAGCAAAACUCAACCUUACUGACCGGCCUAGAGCCGGGCACUCAGUACCUGGUUACAGUCAGCGCUCUGCAUGCCAGUGGAAAAGAAAGAGCCAUUUCUGUGAAGGCAUGCACACAAGAGGCAGCAGCUUUGCCAGCCUUGGCCGACCUUCAGCUGAGUUCUGUUGGUCUUCAGGAGGUGAGGGUGGCCUGGCAGGCCCAUCAGGAAGGCUUGAAAGGCUUCUGGCUGAGCUGGGAGAAAGAGAGACUCCACAGCAUUUACACAAAGCCUUCCAUCUCCUCGGUUUACCUGCCACCUACCUCUCGAGGAAUGAACCUUGCACACCUCGCCCCAAGCAGCCGAGUGUGUGUGUCCCCUGUUUAUAGCUCAGGCCGAGGAGAUGGGAUAUGCUGCACUGCAGAGACCCAGACAGAUUCCAGACAGUCGGGUUAAUAAUCAAGAAGCUGGAGCAAAACAUUGAAGUAUUCACGCAUUCCAAGUGCUGAAUCCACAGGAUAACUACACAAAAUAUUGUUUCUUUGGUUUAUAUUUUAAUCUUUAAAUUAAUUGUAAUGACAAAAAAAGCUUUAUCACAAAACUCAUGUUCUUUAUCAGCACAUGACUGAGCAAAAUUUCUAGAGUAAUUAUUCAUUUUUAUCUCCUGGGAAUAGAAAUGUCACCAACUUUGCAGACAGUUUCUCCACCACAGCAUUAGUCAUUAAUUAAAAGUUACUAGCAAGUCAGGAAUAUACAAAGAAGCAGCAUUCACAGUUUGUGUGACAACAAUUAUUAUUUAUUGAUAUGAAUAGCAUACAGCAAUGUCAGUAUACUUGUUAAUUGUACUGUUUCAUUAUACUGUUUUUAUUUGCUUCGAAUUACAUGCAUCAUUUGACUUUUCCUGUAAAGUACAUGCAAAGUUCUAAAACAAACAUUAAUGAGAGGUGUUUUCCUGCCUUGUAUUCCUGUACCAAUCUAACCUGAUGGUUUAAAGUUGUAUUUCACCUAUCUGGUUAUUACAUAUGCUUUUGAUUUUAGUGUCACAAAGCUGAAGAGAAGCUACAGUUUAAAUAAACAACCCUGGAUAAGACUGUAAGCAA